AUCCAAUGUCAACUCUCACGCGUCAGCAGAUUUGUGUGCCUUUCAAACUGUCACCGGUACAGAUUAGUUAUAUAUCUCUAUAACGGAGCGACACCCAUACUGGACAACACACAUAUAUACACUACCCUGCUACCUUGUGGUCUGUUCAGUGGUGGUAUUGUUACACUCCUCAGGUAAACCUAAGUGUUGUUGGAAGGGACAGCUAGAUCUCUGGAGCCAAGUCGUACUAGGAUGUCAGAAGCAGACUCAAAUAUUGACAAACCGAAACUGUAUGGCGAGUACCUGCAGUUGCCGAGCCUGUUGAAAUGUCAGUCCAUGACCAGUGCGGAGGCGGGAAAGCCAGUUCAUGACGAACACUUGUUUAUCAUCACACACCAAGCAUAUGAAUUAUGGUUCAAGCAGAUCCUGUUUGAAUUAGACUCUGUCCGAGAGAUUUUUACAGUGCCGGUACUUGAUGAAGGCAAAGCAAGGCACAUCAACAAUCGGCUUAGCCGUAUUACGCUUAUUCUUAAGUUAUUAGUCGACCAGUUUCUCAUUCUGGAAACCAUGACGCCGCUCGACUUUCUGGAAUUUCGAACACGUCUUGCUACGGCAUCUGGAUUCCAAAGUCUUCAAUUCCGUUUAAUUGAGAACAAGAUUGGUUUAAAAGAGGACAGCCGCGUUAAGUACAACCAGCAGCAUUACAUGAAGGUGUUCAACGACCCGGAGAACAUAGCGAUGUUACAAGACUCUAUCUCCAGUCCGUCUCUCCUCACACUGGUCGAGCGAUGGCUGGAAAGAACUCCUGGACUGGCCAAAGCUGAAUUCCACUUUUGGGAGAGGUACCAGUGUGCUGUCAACCGGUGGUUGGAGGACCAGUGGUACAAACCUGUUAAGGAUGAAAAUGACCCUGAAGUGAAGGAAACACUCAUGGCGGAGUACCAGAAACAAAAGGACAGCUUUGAUACUGUGUUCGACCCGGAGAAACAUCAGAAGUCAAUGGAACGAGGUGAAAGGAGACUAAGUCACAAGGCGUUCCAGGGCGCCCUGAUGAUCUCGCUGUACCGGGACGAAUCGCGCUUCAAUCAACCCUUCCACCUUCUCACACUCCUGGUGGACAUCGACUCCCUCAUGACAAAAUGGAGAUAUAAUCAUGUGAUGAUGGUACAGAGGAUGAUCGGCAGUAAAGUAGGGACGGGCGGCUCGUCCGGGUACCACUACCUCCGCUCAACAAUCAGUGACAGAUACAAAGUCUUUCUGGAUCUGUUCAACUUGUCAACAUUUCUCAUACCCCGUGACUACAUACCACCACUCACCAUAACCAUGAAGAGAACGCUCAGCUCCGUCAUCAAUGGAGACUGCGUGGACGACGAGGUCAGGGCGAGCAAGGAAUGCUCACCAUAACCAUAGUGUUACAGUGUGCUGGUUUUUAUAUCAACAAUUAGUUAAGGAAAAAACAAUUUAUGUUGCUUAUCAAAUAAAUGGAUUUAAAUAUG